ACGUUUUUACUGUAAGACCGCUACCAGCGCCUCCGCCUUCAUAUCGCAUCACACAUUUCCAGCACCAGCCGCCGUUUUCCAACGCAGUGCUGCGCCCUUCUGCGGAUACACACACUCACACACACACUCACACACACGCUCCUCGGAUAACGGCUACAUGAAUUAAGGCAUUCUGGACUUACAUAAGUCACACUGCCUCUGUAUGGAAAAAAGCCUCACGUUUGAAGAUAUAAGGGCCACAGGUGUGGGACUUGCUGUUGUGAGAGCUGAACCAUGUUCAACCUGAUCAAAAAGGACAAAGAGAAGGAUGCAGGGCGGAAGAAGGACAAGAAAGACAAGCGGGAGCGGAUGUCUGCCGCGGAGCUGCGCAGCCUCGAUGAGAUGAGUAUGAGAAGGGGCUUCUUCAACCUGAACCGCAGCUCAAAGCGGGACUCGCGCAACAAGCUGGAAAUCUCCAACCCCAUCCCUAUCAAGGUGGCCAGCAGCAUGGAGCUCAGUCUCAACGACAUCGAGUCGGAUGGGCUCAGUAACCGCAGCAGUGUGGUGCUCGACUCGGAGCAGCUCAGUGCUGCGAGCUCAAGCGACGAUCUGAAGGGCGACUACGGGAGUUCUGUGCGGGAGCGGGCAGCUAGGUUCGGCCCUCUGGCAUCACACAGCUCGCAGAUGAGCCAAAUUAUGAAGCGCUUUUCCUUCUCACAAAGGAGCAAAGAGGAGAGCACUUCGGAAGGUUCCACUCCAUCUGGCCAGAACUCUGCCGCACCGUCGCCUCAGGUGGAGAACAAGCUGCUGGACCCUGAGCGUAAGCAGAGCCUCCAGCAGCAGACUGCAGAUGGAAAGAAAGUUCGCAUCCCAGAGAUGGUGGAGAAGACCUUCCCAGCCAGUCUGCGUCUUCCAGCUGUAGUUCCUCCACCAACGCCUGAGAUUCGUGAGCUGGAACUGCAGCGGCGUAACACAGGCGACUUCGGCUUUUCCCUUCGUCGCACCACCAUGCUGGACCGAGCGGCUGAUGGGAGCGUGUACCGGCGAGUGGUGCAUUUUGCUGAGCCUGGUGCUGGGACGAAGGACCUGGUGCUGGGGUUGGUACCGGGAGACCGGCUGGUGGAGAUUAACGGCCGAAACGUGGAGAGCAAGAGCAGGGAUGAGAUUGUGGAGAUGAUCAGGCAGUCGGGUGAUUCUGUACGUCUGAAGGUGCAGCCGAUUCUGGAGCUGGGCGAAUUGAGCCGCUGUUGGCUCAGGAACACAGACGGGUUGCGCCGUGAUGCCUUAGACCUGGAGCCUGUGCAAAGUGCAUCUGUGUCCACAUCCACUCAGGUCCAGGGCCAGCCUGAGAAAUCGGCCUCAUCUCUCAGCCUCGCCGCAGUGUGUUCUCGUGCGGUCUGCUUCAGCGGACAGGUGGAAGAGGAUCCCGUGGCUAUCCUACAGGCGGCCCACGCUGCUGCCGCCCAGCCUAAGGUGAAGACAGAGGAGCAGAUAGCUGCAGAGCAGGCAUGGUACGGCUCCGAGAAACUGUGGCUGGUCCACAAGGAUGGCUUCUCUUUGGCCACUUUGCUGAAGACGGAGGCGGGCAGCCUGCCAGAGGGGAAGGUGAAGAUCAAACUGGAGCAUGAUGGGACAGUACUGGACGUGGAUGAGGAUGAUGUGGAGAAGGCGAACCCUCCAUCCUUUGACCGUUCUGAGGACUUGGCGACUCUGCUCUACCUGAAUGAGUCGAGCGUGAUGCAUUGUCUACGGCAGCGCUAUGGAGGAAACCUCAUCCACACUUACGCUGGGCCCAGCAUGGUGGUCGUCAACCCCAUCAGUGCUCCUUCCAUGUACUCUGAGAAGGUGAUGCACAUGUUUAAAGGCUGCAGGCGUGAAGAUACGGCACCUCAUAUCUAUGCUGUGGCUCAGUCGGCCUACCGGAACCUUCUGACCACGCGGCAGGACCAGUCCAUCGUUCUGCUUGGCAAAAGUGGCAGUGGCAAAACCACAAACUGCCAGCACCUGGUGCAAUACCUGCUCUCCAUCGCUGGCAGCACCGGCAAAAUCUUCUCAGCGGAGAAAUGGCAGGCAGUCUACACUAUCCUGGAGGCGUUUGGGAACUGUACAACCUCCAUGAAUUCAAAUGCAAGCCGCUUCUCCCAGAUCGUCUCUCUGGACUUUGACCAAACUGGCCAGGUGGCCUCCGCCUCCAUCCAGACGAUGUUGCUGGAGAAACUGAGGGUGGCCAAGAGGCCGGAGGCUGAGUCCACUUAUAAUGUCUUUUAUUACGUGAUGGCUGGGGCAGACAACACACUCAGGACCGAGCUACAUUUCAACCACUUUGCUGAGAACAACACCUUUGGAAUUAUGCCUCAGUCAAAGUCUGAUGACAAGCAGAAGGCAGCACAGCAGUUCACUAAGCUGCAGGCAGCUAUGAAGGUCCUCGGUAUCUCUGCUGAUGAGCAGAAAGCUCUUUGGCUCAUACUGGGGGCCAUCUACCACCUGGGAGCUGCUGGGGCCACGAAAGCUGGCCGUAAACAGUUUGCACGUCAUGAGUGGGCCCAGAAGGCGGCCUACCUCCUGGGCUGCACCCUUGAAGAACUUUCCUCGUCAAUCUUCAAACACCAUCCAAAAGGAACCCUGCAGAGAUCCACCUCCUUCCGCCAGGGUCCGGAUGACAUCGGCGCUGGAGAAAGCCCAGGUACAAAGAUCACGGCUCUGGAGUGUCUGGAGGCCAUGGCUGCUGGGCUCUACGCAGAACUCUUUACUCUCGUCAUCUCCCUCAUCAACCGAGCACUGAAGUCAAGUCAGCACUCAUUGUGCUCUCUUCUAAUUGUGGACACUCCGGGUUUUCAAAACCCUCGGCUGGCUAAGCGCGGCGCCACUUUUGAGGAGCUGUGCCAUAACUAUGCUCAGGAGCGCCUGCAGGCCCUGUUCCAAGAGCGCACAUUUGUGCAGGAGCUGGAGCGAUACAAAGAGGAAAAUAUAGAGCUUGCAUUAGAUGACAUAGAGCCCAGUACAUCCUUAUCUGUAGCGGCUAUAGACCAGGCCUCAACCCAAGCGCUGGUGAGGACGCUGGCGAGGACUGAUGAGGCACGUGGAUUGCUGUGGCUGAUGGAGGAAGAGGCUCUGCAGCCCGGGGGCUCUGAGGAAACUCUGCUGGAGCGCCUUUUCAGCUACUAUGGCCCCACGGAGGGAGAGGUCAAAGGCCCUAACCUGCUGCUGAAGAGUGAGAAAAAGCAUCACUUCCUGUUGGGUCAUAGUCAUGGCACAGACUGGGUGGAAUAUGAUGUUCUGGGCUGGUUGUGCCACGCCAAGCAGAACCCAGCCUCCCAGAAUGCUGCCACUCUGCUGCAGGACUCGCAGAAGAAGAACAUCAGUGGGCUGUUCAUGGGGCGUUCAGGAGGAGCCACAGUGCUGUCGGGCUCCAUUGCCGGCCUUGAAGGAGGCUCUCAGCUGGCCCUGCGUCGCGCCACAAGCAUGAGGAAGACUUUCACCACCGGCAUGGCUGCUGUCAAAAAGAAGUCCCUUUGCAUCCAGAUCAAGCUGCAAGUGGAUGCUCUUAUAGACACUGUGAGGCGUUCCAGGGUGCAUUUUGUGCACUGCCUGCUGCCCAAAGCGGAGGCCCAGAGUGGAGAGCUACGUGUUCACGGAGAAAGCAGUGACACAGGGCUCAUGCAGCUAGACGUGGUGCUGCUGCGUGCUCAGCUCCGAGGCUCCAAACUGCUCGAUGCUCUGCGCAUAUAUCGCCAAGGUUACCCCGAUCACAUGGUGUUCUCCGAGUUCCGCCGGCGCUUUGACGUACUAGCACCCCACCUGACUAAAAAGCACGGACGCAACUAUAUUGUGACAGAUGAGAAAAGGGCUGUGGAAGAGCUGCUGGAGUUUCUGGAGCUGGAGAAAAGCAGUUAUCACAUGGGUUUGAGCAGGGUGUUCUUCAGGGCAGGCGUUCUGGCUAAGCUGGAGGAACAGAGGGAUCUGCAGACCAGGCGCAACAUCACUCUCUUCCAGGCCACCUGCAGGGGCUACCUCGCCCGGCAAGCCUUCAAAAAGAGGAAGAUCCAAGACCUGGCCAUCCGCUGCAUCCAGAAGAACAUCAAAAAGAACCGUGGCGUGAAGGAUUGGCCCUGGUGGAAGCUCUUCACCACCGUGCGGCCUCUCAUCCAAGUGCAGCUCAGCGAGGAGCAGAUCCGUGGCAAAGACGAGGAGAUUCAGCAGCUGAAGCUGAAGGUGGAGAAAGUGGAGAAGGAGAGAAAUGAGUUGCGACUCAACACUGAUCGUUUGGAGAGCAGGAUCACAGAGCUGUCAUCAGAGCUAGCUGAUGAAAGGAACACAGGCGAGUCUGCCUCUCAGCUGCUCGAGUCCGAGACCUCUGAGAGACUACGGCUGGAGAAGGACAUGAAAGACCUUCAGGCCAAGUAUGACUCUAUGAAGAAGCAGAUGGAGUCUAUGGAGAUGGAGGUGAUGGAGACUCGGCUCAUACACGCCUCCGAGCUUAACGGAGAGAUGGAUGAUGAUGACACAGGAGGAGAGUGGAGACUGAAGUAUGAGAGAGCAGUCAGGGAGAUCGAGUUCACCAAGAAGAGGCUGCAGCAAGAGUUCGACGACAAACUGGAGGUUGAGCAGCAGAACAAGAGGCAGCUCGAAAGAAGGCUGACAGACAUGCAGGCAGACAAUGAGGAGGUGCAGCGGGUGGCGCAGCAGCUGAAGAAGAAAUGCCAGAAGCUGACAGCUGAGCUCCAGGACACCAAACUCCACCUGGAGGGCCAGCAGAGCCGCAACCAUGAGCUGGAGAAGAAGCAGAGGAAGUUUGACUCUGAGCAGAGUCAGGCCCAGGAGGAGGUGCAGAAAGAGAGAAGUCAGCGUGAGAAGCUGAGCCGGGAGAAGGACGUACUGACCGGAGAAGUGUUCAGCCUCCGACAGCAGCUGGAGGACAAAGACCUGGAAAUGUGUGCUCUCAAUCUGAAGUUGGAGCAGAUGGAGGCUGAGCUGCAGGAUCUGAACUCUCAGGAGUCGAAGGAUGAGGCCUCGCUAGCCAAGGUGAAAAAGCAGCUCCGUGACUUGGAGGCAAAAGUCAAAGAUCAGGAGGAGGAGCUUGAUGAGCAAGCAGGAACUAUUCAAAUGUUGGAACAGGCCAAGCUACGUCUGGAGAUGGAGAUGGAGAGGCUGAGACAAACACACUCUAAAGAGAUUGAGAGCAAAGAUGAUGAGGUGGAGGAGAUCAGACAGUCAUGUAGUAAGAAGCUGAAGCAGAUGGAGGUCCAGUUGGAGGAGGAGUAUGAAGAUAAACAGAAGGUCCUUAGGGAGAGGAGAGAGCUAGAAGCCAAGCUGCUGACCGCUCAAGACCAGGUUAGCCACAGGGAUGUGGAGACAGAAAAACGCCUCAGGAAAGACCUGAAGCGCACCAAAGCCCUUCUGGCUGAUGCCCAGAUCAUGCUAGACCACCUGAAGAACAACGCACCUAGCAAGAGGGAAAUUGCCCAGCUGAAAAACCAGCUGGAGGAGUCUGAGUUCACCUGUGCUGCUGCAGUCAAGGCCCGCAAGGCCAUGGAGGUGGAAAUCGAGGACCUUCAUGUUCAGAUGGAUGACAUCUCCAAAGCCAAGCAGGCUUUGGAGGAACAACUGAGCCGUGUGCAGCGGGAGAAGAACGACCUGCAGUCGCGCAUGGAGGAAGACCAGGAGGACAUGAACGAGCUCAUGAAGAAGCACAAAGCGGCUGUUGCCCAGUCCUCUCAGAGCCUGGCACAAGUCAGUGAGCUCCAGUCUCAGCUAGAGGAGGCCAUGAAGGAGAAACAGGAAAUCCAGGAGAAGCUCAUGGGACUGCAGAGUCAGCUGGAGUUUCAGGAACAGUCCAUGGUGGACAAAUCUCUGGUCAGCAGGCAAGAGGCCAAGAUCCGCGAGAUAGAGACCAAACUUGAGUUUGAGAAGACACAGGUGAAACGUCUGGAGGGUCUAGUGUCGAGGCUGAAGGAGAAUGUGGAAAAACUGACGGAGGAACGCGACCACCGUAGCACAAGUGAGAACCGUGAGAAGGAGCAAAACAAACGAUUGCAGCGUCAAAUCCGUGACCUCAAGGAGGAGAUGGGUGAACUGGCCAAAAAGGAGGCUGAAGCCAGCCGGAAAAAGCACGAGUUGGAAAUGGACAUUGAGAGCUUGGAAGCUGCAAAUCAGAGUCUUCAGGCGGAUCUCAAGCUGGCCUUCAAAAGGAUCGGUGACCUGCAGGCUGCUAUCGAAGAUGAGAUGGAGAGCGAUGACAAUGAGGAUCUUAUCAACAGUUUACAAGACAUGGUGAAUAAGUAUCAGAAACGAAAGAACAGAACUGAAGGUGACUCAGAUUCCUGCUCUGAAGUGGAGGACCGAGUUGAUGGUGUGAAGACCUGGCUCUCCAAAAACAAAGGCUCAGCCAAGAAUCUGUCAGAUGACAGCAGCCUUAAGAGCUCAAGAUAUGCUGCAAACAGUGAUGCCAAAGAGGGGAAGGAAUGGCAAGAGAAUGGCAAAGAAGGUAAAGGUUUAGACCAGAGUAGGCCGGUGUCUGUGAUGAGUUCACUCAGUUAUAGGAAACGCUCCAACCUUAAGGAUUCUCUUGGUGGCAAAGGAGAUGAGGACUCACUCUUUAGCACCCUCAAGGAGCAGGAUGACUCUCAGGAGCUCUCAUCCUUCCGCAAAAGCAAAGCAAAGCAGCCAGAUGCCAGGGACUCCUACUCAGUGAACUCCUGGAGGAAGGAUGAUCUGGAUGACAGGGGCUCAGUUAUCUCACAGGCUUACUCAGAGGCAGCCAGCAGGGCCAGGAAGGGCAUGGACAGCCGCUGGUCAGAGUUAGACAACAAAUCGGUUGUGUCGUCCAUGGGUCCAAGCCGAGCCUCUUGGUUGGAUGAUGAUGAUGUCAAAUCCAGUGUGAGUACUGCAAGCAUGCUGAGUCGUCGCCGCAGCAUGUCUCGGCUCGACGAACGCCUGAGCGAGCGUGGCUCAGCAGUUAGUCCAUCCCUGAGCUGUAGAAGUCCAGGAAGUGUGAGCCGGAGAAGCCCUGGUAGUGUGAGCCGUGCUGAUUCCCGUAUGUCCGUAGCUCGCAGCUGCCGCCUCAGUGAGUUUGAUAUGGAUGAUGAUGCCAUGAGUGUGGCUUACAGUGAAUUGCGCUCCAACUCCUACAGUCCCCACCACUCCUCCACCGGCCGCAGCAUGUCUGUGCCCCCAAGGUCAAGAGCUACCGACGCUGAUCUGCCUGAUGCCUCCGACCUCAAGCCCGUCAGCCACCGCAACUACCUCGACCCAGCUCUGGAGGCAGCCAUCAAUGAGGUGCUGAACUUCAAGCCCAUCAAGUUCAAGCGGAGCAGCCUGGAAGACUCUGAAGCCGAGAUCGGCAAGCUGAGCAAGCGUGGGCAGGACGAAGAAGAUGAGGUGAAGAGUGUGAGGUCUGGCAGGGACAGCAGCCGCUGCUCCUCCAGCUUGAGGCGCUCUGCUUCAGCCGUGGACUUCCAUCGCUCCAGCAGCAGCCUGAGCACCCGCAGCAGGAAGAAGAGCAAGAGCAGGAAAAAGAGGAGCCACAGCUCUGAUUCCUCUGAGAAUGAGCGUAGAAGAAGGAGGUCCAAGAAGAAGGGGAAAAAAAAGAAGUCGAAGAAGGAGUCAUCCUCAUCGUCCUCUUCUUCCUCCUCUGAAUCUCAGUCUAGCUCAGAGUCAGAUUCUAGCUCGGGAGCCUCCACUAUCUCAUACAGAAGUGCUAACAGCGUCAAGAGAGCUCCUGGUAGGCAGGCAUCAGCUUCUGAAGACGAGGGAGAGCCUGGAGGCUGUUCUGAAGCAGCUCCGCCAAUCAGCAAGAAAGAGAAGAAGAAAAGGAAGAAGAACGUGGAUAGUGUAAUGAUGAAGUAUCUGUACAGGCCAGACAGUGACUGAAGAUGGCAGUAGCCCCCCCUCUGGCCGAAGACGCUUCUGCCUCAACAGAUCCGAUGAAGAAGAAGAGGAGGAGGAGAAGGAAGAAAGGCGCACAGCCCGAAGCUCCUACCGCUGCUAAUACACCUGGAGCAGCUACCUGAAUGACAGGGGCAAGCAGGAGAUGUGUUAUACUUCUAUACACUCAACAACAAGCAAAUACACAAACUCACACACUUUCUCUCUCUCUCCCUCUCUCUCUCCCUCUCUCUCACACACACUCACACUCACACACACACUCACAUCUUGCGACUCAGUAUUGGCCUUCUUGGAGGUCUGAUGCAAAUGAGAGGAUCUCUAUCUAGGAGAAUUACUCUGGAGCACCAUCAUCCAUCUGUUUACUGCACUGCACACACACAGCUCUCACUUUUGGUGAUGUUACUUCUACUUUCAUGCAUUGUGUUAUGGAUACUUAAGCCAUUGAGUAUCAAAGACGCACUACACUGGAAGUUUUUUUUUUUUUUUUUUGGACCUGCUUUGUCUUGUUCCCCCAAGUGCUUCCCCAGAGUGUACUGCAGCAUUCCUCCUGCUUUCUGCCCUGCUCGGCCAGCGGUGCUGCCAGCUGCCGCCACAAGUUCAGCUGAGCUAACGAAACCUGGGAUUAGCUUGCUAUGGUAAAGUGGGGAGAUUUGUCCUGUUUGCACUUGAAAAUAGGAAAAUGGAAAGAAAUACUGUUGUACCAAAAAGCCUUUGUUGCAAGUGUGUACAUAGAUUUUAGGGCAAGUGUUUUUUUCAUGACUCUGAGUCAGUGGAGAGAGUGAGUCGAGGAAGUAGUGUCAUCAAUUUAAGCUCAGCUUCCUGCAGGUAUGAGCAAACUCCCUCUCUCUGUCUCACACACACACGCACACACGCACACACACACACACACACACUGCGUCCUGAGACCCUGAGCUGUCUUUCCUCAGUGAUCUUGCAGUGCAGUGAAUUCAUUUUUUCAUGCCCCUGUUUCUCCCUCUCCAUCCUCACUGUGAUUUAAUGUGUUUUGGGAUGUCACACAUCAUUCGCCUGACAGUACUGUGCUCAUGAUGGAAAUUUUUGGCUCAACUGUCAUCUUCUUCCUUUUUCAUCAUUGUUCUUAUGCUUAUUUUGUUUCUUGCUCCUAGCAUACAUUCUGGCUUUCCAAAGGGAAUGCGCUUGAUCCUAAGUUUGGUGCAGUUUGAUAAUUACCUUGCCUAUUUCCUUUAUUGUCACAGUGGUCAAAUACUGGAAAAUGCAUCGUCAUUAACAGCUGUGAAUGGCUUUUACCGUGAUAUCAUACAGCUAAACAACACACAAGUGGCAUGAGCACAUGAAUAGAACUGAUGCUGUGAAUCCAUCUUUCUUUUCUUGCUUCCUUUCUUAUUUCCUUACAUACAUCUUUAUGUAUUUCCUUAAAAUCCUUGCUUACUUACUACCUUCCUUCCUUAUUUCCUCCCUUCCUUUGUUCCUCAAGUAUGUUUCCAAGUUGGAUUCUGCAGUAUUUUCAACCUUACUUUUUACAUUUUAGGUGUAGCUGCGCAUAACAGAGCUCCUUCUCUUGUUGCUAUUAUUUUGCUUUCAUUAUAUUAUUUAUGGACUAGCAUUAAUGAAUUGAGCAAAUUUGCCAAAUGCACACCGUUUUCGAAAAAGCAUGGAGAGGAAAGACUCGCUGCUUUUAUUUUAUUUCGAAGGGAGCCAGCAUUUGUUUCACAUGGUUUUUAAUGGACUCUCAUAGGUCAGUGAUUUCAUCCUCAUUUCUAUGCAGUCAUUAUUAAUUUUAUUAUAAAGAGUGUGUUUUAUCAUGUUUCUUGCUCCAUACAAACAUAAGGCAAAAAGAUACGUACACACUGCUGGCUGUACACAUUAAUAUGAAUAUAUAAGUCUGUAUGAUUCAUCAUAGCUUUAAAAAUAACUCAUGUUUAUUUUCCUUAUUGAAUAAAUGACCACUUGUUUUAAGUAACAAUUUUUUCCAUUAUGGUUUAAUAUAUUGUAAAUAAAUGAUGGUGAUUGUUAGA